AUGGAUCCAAGAUAUUCGAUCGAGAGUCCCUGGAUCGAUAGUAUGCGUCCACCAACAUUGCAACUCCCAAUCCAACAAACUCAAACACAUACUCUUAUGCCUGAUGAUGGGCAGAGUUCGAUGAGUGAACUAACUAGAGGUACUAGUUUUCUGAUGUUUCAUUUUUACAACAUUAAUUUAUUUUCAGUUCGAACUGAUCCUUUGAUGGAUAGGCAAAGUGUUAUCGGCUCAUUUGAUUUACAAUGUAAGUUUUCGACUAAUAGAAAAAUAAUGAUACUGAUCUUCAUUUUUCCAGCAACUUUCGCAACUGGAACAAAUCAAGAUUAUUUGUAUAACACUUCUUCAAUUUUUAACACAUAUUCAACUCAACCGCCUCCAUCACAAUAUCAUACUUUAUCAUCAUCGUAAGUUGGCCGGGAAAUUUUGAAUUCUUGAAUGUUUCUGAUUUCACAAUAAGAAAAUAUUUUCAAGACAUCAAACUCCAAUUUUUUAACAGAUUUUACGAUAAUUCGGCAUUUAUACCACAACAACCUUUCGCGCCAGCAAAUCCAGAAUGUGUCAAAUGCGCAAAUCCAGUCAUUUCCGGAAGACAAGUUGAUGGUGGAUAUAUGUGUGAUACUUGUAGUAAUUCUAAUGUAUAUGAUUUGUCACGAAUUCAAACAAACUAUUCGAUGCCACUUUCUCUUGUUCAACCAAUUGAACCUGCUCCAAUUGAACAAAUUCCACCUCCAGCACCAGCACCAUCAAAACCACCAAAAUCAUCAAGUAACAAAAAAGCUGGAUCAGCUGGAAGCACAAAUCGCCGACAAGGAUUGGUUUGUUCAAAUUGUAAUGGUACAAAUACUACACUUUGGAGAAGAAAUGCUGAAGGUGAACCAGUUUGCAAGUGAGUUAUUCAAAUUUUAAAUUGGAAAUAUCAGAAAUGUGAAAGCUUAUUUUCAGCGCAUGUGGUCUGUAUUUCAAAUUGCAUAGUAUAAAUCGGCCAGUGUCAAUGAAAAAAGAGGGACAACUUCAAACAAGAAAAAGGUAUUUAUUUUUCAAAUGAAAACAUUGAACAACUUGAAAAAUUAUAGAAAAAUGAAGAAUAGUGAAUCAUCAAUGACUCCGACACGACCAAAAGAGCGUAAAUAUGAAAAACGAACAAAAACAGAAACAACUGAAUAUCAAGCAAACGCAUUUGCUUUGAAUGCUCAUCAACAAAGCCAAAAUCCUUAUAGUAAUUCACAUUUCGCAUAUCCAGUGAACCCAUUGCAUUAUACAGGUGAGAUCAUUUCGCAAGUUUUAUUUCAAAAUUUUUUAAAAUAUAUACGUUUCCAGAACCAUCGUUAGCUUCAUUUUCAUAUCCACAAUAUUCAUCAGAAAUGAAACCAACUAUUCAAAUGAUCAAUCAAGAUGAAGAAGUUAAAGCAGCUGCGAGAGAUCUGGAAGAGGAACAAUAA